AUGAGUGAAGGAGAAACUGGUGCGGCUGAAAUUAAAGAAGAAACGAAAGACGUAAAAGAGGAAUCUGAAGCUGAAAAUGAAGGAAACAUUAAAACCGAAGUUGAUGAACCCGGUGAUGUUAAAGAAGAAGUAAAAGAAGAAGAUGAGGAUGAAGAAGAUGAUGAGGAGCAAGAAGAUGAGGAAGAAGUUAUUCCACCUCCAGUGGUUGAAGUCUCACAAUUACACGCUGAUCCCGAUUUCGCAACCAUUUGCAGUUUUUUCAAUAAAUUUGCGGUUCUGAGCGGUUUGAAGCAAUUAUCAUUUACGAAAUUGGAGACAUUACUAACAACAUAUGAGAACAAUAAAGUACCACGAGAGCUCAUCGACCUUCAUCUUAUAUUACUAAGACGGGUCCGUUUCACACACGCGAAAGCGGAUAAUUGGGAAUUCUAUCUCAAGAAGUUUCUUGCAAUCAGUGAGCAUACGCAGGAAGAACUCUUCAAAGUUGAGAGAUAUGGUUAUGCAUACAUUCCCAUCGCAUCAAAAAUUCAAGUUUUGAAAGCACUAUGUGAAGCACAAAUUGACUUCAACACCAAACUUCGAGAAGGGAUUUUGGCUUCCUGUCGGACAGUAGAUCUCCGUCUGAUUCCUGUUGGAACGGAUAGACAUGGAUUGUCGUAUUGGUACCAACAAGAUAACGAAUGUAACGUGAGAAUGUACACCGAAGAAGCCGAUGACAAUUGCGGAGGAACUUGGAAACUUGUUGCUAAAAGUGCCGAAGAUUUAGAACAGCUCAUCGCAAAACUUGAAGCUGAAGAUUUGGGAUAUGAUAGAAAAAUGGAUCCAUUAGUGAAGCUUGAAGAGAAAAAUGCUCAAGAGGGUAAAUCUAUCAAUUCCAUAUAUACCACAAAAGGUGGAACAUUUUUGGACACGUUUAUUGGAGAAGCAGUAACAAAAGAAAUGAAAGAAGCUAUUCAAGCUGCAAAAACUGAAAGAUUGAAUAAGAAAAUGAAGCAAAUUGCUGCCAAGGCGGAAGAAUCCGAAGAAUCAGAUGAAAAAGAAGAUGAAGAUGCUGAACCGCACGAAGAAGAAGAUAGGCGUGUGUUACCUCGAAGAGGUGCUUCACUUCGAGCGGUAACCAAUAUGAAGAAGGUUCUAACUCCAUAUAGAAAAAGCAGCGGAACCGAAAAGAAAAAGAAAGCCAAAUCAGAAGAAAAGGAUAAAAGUGUAACUCCAAGCGAUGAGGAGGAAUCGGAGGAAGAUGGUGAAGAAGAUGAUGAUGAUGAGGAGGACGAGGAAGAAGAUGAAGAAGAGGAGGAACCCUCAAGUGGCGACGAGUUUAAACCAAAAUCUGAAAAAAGGAAGAGAAAGAAGCGGCGCGGAAGGAAGCCAAGAAAGAAGAAGAUCGAUUUUGAUGAUCUUGAUGAAGAGGAUGACAGUGACGGUGCUGAAGAAGAGAAGAAGGAACGUAAAAUGGCAACUGAAGAUAAUGCAUGCGGCAAGUGCAAAACUUCUGCAGACUGGGAUGUUCUUCUACUCUGUGAUUGUUGUGAUGAUGCAUGGCACACUUACUGUCUGAAACCGGUUCUUUGGUUCGUCCCAGAUGGGGAUUGGUUCUGUCCAAAAUGCAAGCAUGGAAGACUCAUUGAGAAGCUGAAGAAGGUUCAAUCGCAUCUUCUCGAAUCUCUGGAAAAGAAAGCCGUAGAAGAUAAAAAGAAGAACUCCGCCGCUGAGCGGUUACGAAGGGAAAUGGAUUUCGUUGGAAUCUCAUUUGCCAAUAUUCUUCCAAUCGCCACUGAGGCUCCAGCGACACCGAAUUCGUCCGAAAGCGAAGAUGAUGGAACACAGAGGAAAAGCAAACGUAAAGCAGUCAAGAAAUUAACAACUUGGAAUCGCGCGCCUCGUGAACGAGAGCAGCCGAUGUAUGUAACGGGAAGAAGAUCAUGCAGGCAGAGAACAAAGGUUGACUACAAAGGAGAAGAGUUUGAAAAGAUGAUCAACGAAGCCGUUUCGAACAUUGACAACGCGGCAAUCGUCACUCCUGAAGAGCCGGAGCUUGAUGAAAAUGGAGAAGUUAUUCCAAAAGCCGAGAAACCGAAAAGGCAACCGGCCCGUCGGAAGCCACGACUCAACGAUUUGGAUCAUAUUCCGGAUAGCGAUGAUGGUGGCGACAACUAUGAUGAACCCGAAGAAGAUCCAAGCGAGGAUGAUUUUAUUGUCGAGGAUUCUGGAUCAGACUUUGAGGAUGAAUUACCAAAAACUUCUCGGAUGCGUACAUCAACGAGAAGAAAUACUCGUGGUCGCGGUGCUGGCGGAGGCAGGGGACGUGGUAAGAGGAGACGCAGCUGGUCUGGUUCUUCCUCAGAGGAUGAUAGAAAUGAAUGGAGAUCUGAAUCGGAUUCUGACGGUUAUGUGAAGCGGCGAAAACCAAAAUAUGCAAAGGAAGAAGAAGACGAAUCCGAAGAGGAAAUGGAGCUCAAAACAACUACUGGACGUCCACUCAGAAAAGCUGUGGCAAAAGCUGUUAUUAAACGUACUCUCACCUCGUCGUCAUCAGAUGACGAAGAAAAAGAAAUCAAUAGACCAUUCAAACGAAUGAAGAACGAUUCUGACGAAGAGUUUCAAGCGGGCGAAGAAGAAGAAAAAGAAGACGAGGAAGAAGACGAAGAAGAUGAAGAAGAGGAACUCGAAGAUGAAAGUUCACCAAAAACAGAAGAAGAAGAUGAAGAGGAAGAAGAAGAAGAAGAGGACGAUGAUGAUGAGGAAGAUGAUUCUGACAACAGCGAUUCUGGAAUGAAGAAGCCGAAGAAGGAGUUCAGAAGAAUGGCUGGAGCACCUCCACUUUCUAGCAAAAUAUCGGUGGCUAAACCAAUUGCCAAGAGACAAGCUAAAAGGCCAGAGAACGUUAAUACCGGUUCAAUACUCCUUGGUACAGUCGAAGUUACUCCAGAACCGGAGCAGAUAUUGACACAACCGGUGCAAAACAGUGUUCCAUCUGCUGUUGGCGAUAAAGCUCUUACCGGAUCAUCAACUGCUAUUCAUACAGCUCUCUCCGGACAAGCUCAUGCGCAUCCAUUAACAUCAGCUCCGUCCGUUUCAACUUCUUUACCUGGUGCUCCCGGAGCUGCACCGCUCAAACACGACUCAACCACAUGUGCUGCUGAACAUGCUAUAAAACAUAAUAUUUCAUUACCAGGACCAGCGGUUAUUGAACCGAUGGUACAGGCUCAUCCAAUUAAGUACAAUCCUUAUCAACCCCAGACUUCUUCAACUAAUAUUCCUGGGUAUGCUGUACCACCACCGCCCCAAGAUAUGUACGGAAAAGUGAAUCCCCCGCAAAUGAAUGUUGUGACUAAUCCGUAUUCCACUAUGCGGCCUGCUUACCAGCAUCCUCCAUCAACAUAUCAAAUGAAUGCGCCGGUUUCGAAUCCCUAUUCGGUACCUGCUCCAGUUCAUAACCCAUAUGGACAAGCUCCUCCGCCAAGUGAAACCAAUGAGAAACCUCCCCAUUCUACCAACGGGAGCUAUUUAACAUUGUAA